AUGAAGUUUAUUGCGUUUGCCAUGUCAGUUCGUGCUCAUCAUCCUGCUCUCCGUGAAAUAACUGGACCUUUGCAGGUUCGUUAUUUCCAGCAAGAUUUUGUUCCUAGGGAUCCCAAGACCAAACCUAAAAAGUACAAGUAUCCGCAGGUCUAUGAUCCAUAUGGCCCCAGACCUCCACCCUUGGAAAAGAUCAUUGAACUCGCUGAGCGCAUUGCCGCCCUACCCCCUGAAGAGCGAUCUCAAAUUGGUCCUGCUCUUGGGUACAAGGUAAAUCUUCCAAAAAUGCAGCCAAUUUCAACAGAGGGCAUGGACUUGGGUUCCCAGGGAGGAACAGCAGCUACUGCUGCUGCAAAGGUUGAGGAAAAGGAGAAAACAGCCUUUGAUGUGAAGUUGGAGAAGUUUGAUGCAGCUGCAAAAAUUAAGGUGAUUAAAGAAGUUAGAAGUUUUACUAGUUUGGGAUUGAAGGAGGCGAAAGACCUGGUUGAGAAGGUUCCUUGUGUGCUUAAGCAAGGGGUCACUAAAGAUGAAGCAAAUGACAUAAUAGAGAAGAUAAAAGCUGCUGGAGGAGUUGCAGUUAUGGAGUGA